CUAUACAUAAAGCGAUCUACUGGUAUUAUAUAACUGCGCUGAUGUUUGAUAGCACCCCAGAUAUAUUGAUAUUUUGAUCCUUUGUUUUUUUCUUAUUUUCCAGUCACCGAGUAAUUAGCAGAUUGAUGUUUACAUUAUUAUUUUUUCCGAUGGUGCUAUUAAUGAGACCUCUUACACAAGGACACUACUAAAAUGUUGAUCAUAAGGACGUUAAUAAACAUUAAAAGACAGAGAGAAGGACAGCGAGCUCUUACUUCUUCUGUAAUGAAUGAUCAUUAAGCGAGAUCAAUUCUACCGUUCCAAGAAAGGAACUCACUUUCUGUAGGGCAGGAUGUCACAUGACUGUAAUUGAUGGCUGAUCGGGACAUUAUGACCUAUAAUAAAGAAAACAAAUUAAAAACUCUCCUUUAAAAGGGGAUAAUUGGAUCAUCCUAAAGUUGCGCAAGAUUCUUAGAUCUUGGUCUUUUACGCUGGUGGCUUAAUGGACUAGGUAAUGCGUCUGGCGACUUCUUCAGACUAAGUUUGCAAGAAAAUCGUUGUCUGGGUGCCUCAGAUACAAGUGAGGAUGGCAGGGUGGUGGGUAGCUGUCCUGGCGGUGGUUCUACUGGUCCGUGUGUCUGUGUGUACCGACGCCAGGGUCCUAGAAAGCAGGCUCCUGUCUAACUACAGCGCCAUCAUCAAGCCGCGGAGGGACCAGAGUCAGUCUGUGCUGGUCAACAUCACGUUCACCAUGAACUCGCUGAGGACGGUGGAAGAGAGGUAUCAGUUUAUCACGUUCAUGGGCUGGUUCAUGGUCAUUUGGCGGGACGACUUCUUGGUGUGGGACGAGCGGGAGUUCGGGGGACUUAAGUCCGUCAACAUCCCGUACAACAAGGUCUGGGUGCCUGACGUCAGCAUGUACUUCUCCGAGACCAACACCCAUGACCUGGGGAUCAACCCGUUCGUGUCUGUGUUCUCUAACGGGGUUGUGAUGUGGUUCCCCGGGGACCAGUACACCAUUGAGUGUCUGCUUGACAUCCAAAAGUUCCCCUUUGACAAACAGUCGUGCGAGCUUCGAAUAGCCGCCUGGCAAACCACAGACUGGAUGCAGAAACUGGUCCCCAUAAAGCGGGAAAACGAAAUGGCACACUUGUCGGAAAAUGGCGAAUGGGAGGUGAUGGGGAUCGAUAUGAGGUCGGUUUUUAUCCGGGAAUUCAACAUGACGGAGGUGCGCUACACGCUGGUGAUGCGCAGGCGCCCUCUGUACGCGCUGAUCAGUACGGUGUUUCCGGUGGUCCUCCUGGCAGUCCUCAAUUCCUUAGCUCAUAGUCUUCCCGUCACUUCCGGUGAGAGGAUGACAUAUUGUCUGACUGUGUUACUCGCUUUUACUGUAUUUCUUACCCUGUUUGAGGAAAACAUGCCGCGGAAAUCCACAAACAUCCCGUUUUUGUCUUUGUAUCUCUGUGUGCAUCUUAUUUCCAGCGUCCUCUCUAUUUUUAUAUCAAUCAUAGUCAUCAGAGACCGACAUUUAGUUGUUAGGGCAGCGAACAUGUUUCAUAGGGAGUCUGUGCAUCAAAAUGUUUACGAAAACGAUGCUUUUCAAGAAUCGGUCGUAGAAGUUAAUCAUAAAGUAUCGAAGAAGGUAGAGAAUGAUGAUACAGCAAAAACUGAUGAAAACUGUCACAAAACGCGGAUCGACGUCGAGACAGAAAAAAAUGAGCGUCCUCAUGAUGUAUCAAGUAUGGCGAAUAAUCCGUCCAAUGGCAAGUCCUGCUUGUGUUAUAACCGCCUAUUGAAGAGGUAUGAGAUUUGUAACAGGGUGGACAAACUAAUGAUGAAAAUCAGCGUGUCUUUCACCCUGGUCAGUACCGUGGCACUCGCCUUGUCUUUCUGUCUGUAGAUUUUGCUUCCACUUCUGGCUAAUUGAAGCAGACUGACAGAAGACAGACAGACAAACAUAAUUUUGUUCUGUCGGUGGUGAAUGACUGGUACACAGUCGCGACAGUCGGAGAAACACCUGAAGCGACGUACGACGUUUUACACAGCAUGCUAUUAACGAAACCAGUAACUAUUUGUGGCUUUUGCAGAAACCGUGAUAGAAUACCAACAUCGUUUUGCUAGUUUUUGUUUAUGCGUGUGGUUACAAUUCUGUUUAUUAUAUCUGACUUGGCUGAUAUUUUCUCCGUGCUGUAGGUCUCUUAUUCUUUUACAGACGUCUCAGCUUUUAUAUAUACCACUGAGCAUUACGCUUCGA